CCCGGCCACACGCUGACCUAAUCGUACGCGCUCCAUGCGCAAACCUUCCUCUGAAGGUGGCUGCGAGGUGUCCAGGGUUGGCGUCCCAUUGAAUGGGAGAUGGGCAAAAAUGGUCAAGGUUGGUGUUCUAUCGGCGAAUGAUGGUUGGGGGGUCGGCGGAUGAACAAAGAUGGGCCGCUGCCGGAGGAAGGACGGCCGACCUAGAAGACCAUAAGAGCGACGGUUUUCUCUCGUCCCCCCCGUCCGUCAGUGUCAAUACCCCAAUACCCUUCCCAGAAAAGAAAAGAAAUGCACCUCCCAACCCUCCUCCUCGCGGCCGCGUCCGCCACGCUCGCCCUCGCCUCCCCGACCGGCCAAAAAUCCUGCCACUCCUCCACCCGCGCCAUCGCCCACAUCACCCCGGACCCCACCUACAACGCCACCACCGUCUCCGGCACCGUCACCCUCACCCAGAAACGCUCCUCGCCCCACGUCACCCUCAACCUCCACCUCACCGGUCUCGCGCCCGGCCUCCACGGGUUCCAUGUCCACGCGAAUGGCGUGAUUGCCCCGAAUUGCACGGCCGCCGGCCCCCAUUUCAACCCGCAUAACGUGACGCAUGGCGGCCCGGACAGCACCGUGAGGCAUGUGGGGGAUCUCGGCAAUGUCAGGGCGAGCGCCGGUGGGGAGGUGAAGGUGACGAUUGUGGAUGGGAUUGUGAAGCUUGUUGGGGACGUUGAUAACAUCGUUGGCAAAGCCAUCGUGAUCCACGCCCUCGAAGACGAUCUCGGUCUCGGCAACGCCACGACUUCAAAGACGACCGGGAACGCCGGCGCCCGUGUCGCAUGCGGUGUCAUCACCCUCGUCUAAGCGCCUCUCAUCCUCCCUCCGUCCUCUCCCUGAAAAGAAGGCGCUUUCCUUCCUCCCUGCACACCCAUUCACCCCGCAACACCCCGCUGGUCGAACGUUGGUCUGUGUGUGUGUGUGCGUGCAUGUCAGGGCACACAUGCUCUUGCUCUUUCAUGUUGUUUUUUAUAUCGUCCCGUCCGUUCCUCUUAAAGUAGAACUAUACCGCUACACCUGUACAACUUCAUACAAUUUCAAUAUAACCCCUGCCCCAUGUCAUGU